UGCCUCUCUUUACUGCUGCCUGGGCUUUUGCUCUCUCUUGGGGCAAAUAUUCACUUCACUCAAGCUACCUUUUCGUUUUUUUUCCUGAGUACUUUGGGUAAGGGGAAAGGUUACGAAGAUGCAGUCCUGCGCCAGGUGUGGGUUUGUGGUGUACCCAGCGGAGAAGAUCAAUUGUAUUGAUCAGAACUGGCACAAAGCAUGCUUUCACUGUGACGUCUGUAAAAUGGUGCUCACAGCCAAGAACUUUGUUAGCCACAAGAAGCGGCCAUACUGCUCUGUACACAAUCCAAGAAACAAUAUGUUCACCAGUGUCUAUGAGACCCCCAUCAAUGCCAAGAAGCAAGCCAUUGCCAGCAGUGAGCAGGACUAUCAGGCUACGUUUGAGGAGCAGCAGACCUACUCAUACUCAGGCACCAUCACCAACCAGGAGAUUGUGAGCAUGACACAGGCCCAAAAGACCAUCAGUGAUGUCAAAUACACUGAGGAAUAUGAGCAGUGUAAAGGAAAAGGCAGCUUAUCCACCAUGAUCACACCAGGAUACCAGAUUUCCAAGAAACCAAAUACCUUGUCCAGCAGCUAUGUCUACACUGAAGAGUAUGAACAGCAGUUGGGUAAAGGCAGUUUCCCCGCCCAUCUCACUCCUGGCUACCAAGUUUCAAAGAAAGCCACAGAGAUGGCCAGUGGUGUGAAGUACCGUCAGAUGUAUGAGCAGGAGAUGAAGGGAAAGGCCACCUCAGAUGCUGGGGCAGCAGAAUUCGCUUCUGCCAGAGAAAAUGCUGGGAACUUCAGCCAGAUUGCCUACACUGAAGAGUACGAGCAGCAGAGAGGGAAGGGCAGUUUCCCAGCCAUGAUCACUCCUGCCUACCAGCUUGCCAAGAAAGCCCAGGCCCACGCCAGUGAUCUGAAAUACAAGAAGGACCUGAAUAAGAUGAAGGGCUCAUCCCACUUCCACAACCUGACAAGUGAGGACAACCUGGCCCUGAAGAGCGCCCGCAAAAUCAACAAGAUCGUCAGUGAGGUUGAGUACAAGAAGGACCUUGAGAACACUAAAGGCCACAGCAUCAACUACUGUGAGACGCCCCAGUACAAGAAUGCAUCUAAGGCUGCCAAGUUCAGCAGUGAUAACAAGUACAAGGAGAAGUAUACCAACCACAUGAAAGGGCACUAUGAAGGCUCUGAGAUGGACAAGAAUGCUGUACACGCUAUGAACGUCAGAAAGCUGGCAAGCAAUAUUGCCUACAAGCAGGAGUAUGAGCAGGAGAAAACUGACCAUGUGGAAUACAACUACCCAGCCACCAUCACACCAGGCUACCAGAGUCAGAGGAAACUGGAUCCACUCAAGGACAAGAACUACAGACAGCACAUUGACCAAGUCAAGUACAGCUCGGUGACAGAUACCCCUGACAUCGUCCAAGCCAGGAUCAACGCUCAACAACUCAGCAAUGUUAACUACAGACAACACAUUGACCAAGUCAAGUACAGCUCGGUGACAGAUACCCCUCAAAUCGUCCAGGCCAGGAUCAACGCUCAACAACUCAGCAAUAUCAAAUACAAGGAGGACUGGGAGAAGACCAAGUCUAAAACAUGUGACAUCGGCCUGGACACGCUGACCGUCAAGGCUGCCAAAGCAUCUCGGGACCUGGCCAGUGAUAUUAAGUACAAAGAGUCCUUCAUGAAAAAUAAAGAUAAGACAAGCAAUGUCAGCGACUCCAAGACCCUGCACUCUCUUCAGGCGUCCAAGAUGACCAGUGAGAUUGAGUACAAGAAGAACUCCAAGGAGAACCAGUCCCAGUUCAGCUUGUCCAUGGACAUGGUCAACCUGAGCCAUGCUAAAAAAGCCCAGGCCCUUGCCAGCGACCUGGACUACAGGACGAAGCUCCACCACUACACCAUCCUAUCCGACGACAUCCAAGUGCAGCAGGCCAAAAAGGCCUAUAACCUGCAGAGCGAGAAUCAAUACCGUUCAGAUCUGACCUGGAUGAAGGGAGUUGGCUGGGAGGCUGAUGGAUCUCUGAAUGUGACCCAAGCCAAGAAGGCUGGAGAGCUUCUCAGUGACCAAAAGUACCGUCAGAAAGUGGACAACGUCAAGUUCACCCAGGUGGCCGAUACUCCCUCUAUCAAACACGCCAAGAAGAGCCAGGAACUGCAGAGCAAGCUAACGUAUAAGGCGGGCAACGAGCAGAUGAUGCACCAGUACACCAUGGAUAAAGAUGAGCCACUCUUCAGGCAGGCCAAAGCCAAUGCAGACCUCCUCAGUGGGAAAGUGUAUAAGAGUAGCUGGGAGCAACAGCGAGAGAAGGGCUUUGAGUUGCGCAUGGACUCCUUGUCCAUCCUCACAGCUAAGGCUAAGAGAGACCUGGCCAGUAACGUGAAAUACAAGGAGAAGUACGAGCAGACUAAGGGGAAGAUGAUUGGGGUGAAGAUGGUCACUGACGACUCUCAGAUGGCGCACUCGGCUCUGGCCACCCGGUUGCAGAGUGAUCGCCACUACAGAAAGAAGUACGAGGACACUAAAACCAAGCAUAGUGCCUCUUUGGACAUGUUGACCAUGACCCACGCCAAGAAGGCCCAGGAUCUGGCAACUGAGACCAACUACAGGACCUUCCUGCACAAGUACACAACCCUGCCCGGCGACAUGAAGGUGGCCUGGGCCAAGAAGGCCUACGGACUACUGAGUGAUAAACAGUACAGGUCGGAUCGGAACUGGAUGAAGGGCGUGGGCUGGGUGGCAGCAGAUUUCCUGGAUGUGAAACAAGCAAAGAAGGCUGGCGAGCUCGUUAGCGAGAAAAAGUACCGUCAACAUGUCAGCGAUCUGAAGUUCACCAGCGUGGAGGACACUCCCGAGAUGGUCCAGGCCAAACUAAGCAACAAACUGGCCCUAGACAGGCUGUACAGGGAAAAGGGGGAACAUAUGAAGCACAACUACACACUCUCCGGAGAGCUGCCUGAACACGUGCAGGCCAAGCUCAAUGCCAUGAACAUCAGUGAGACCCGCUAUAAGGAGUCGUGGACUAAAAUCAGAGAUGGUGGCUACAAGCUCCGUUUGGAUGCCAUUCCCUUCCAGUCAGCCAAAGCGUCUGGGAACAUACUUAGUGAUCACAAGUACAAGGAGCAGUUUGAAAAGACCAAGGGGCAUAUGAUUGGACUGAAGGGACUGGAGAACGACAUGAACAUGUCUCACUCUGUGAAUGCCAGCAAACUGCAGAGUGACAUCAAGUAUAAGCAGGACUCUGUGAAUAAGCGCUCUCAGUACCACCUUUCUAUGGACAUGUUGGAGAUGGCCCAUGCUAAAAAGGCCCAGACCCUGGCCAGUGAGCAGGACUACCGGCUUACACUCCACCAGUACACUACUCAACCCGAUGACAUGAAGGUGCAGGCCGCUAAGAGAGCCUACCAACUACAGAGCGAGAAAGUGUACCGCUCUGACCUGAACUACCUGCGUGGUGUAGCCUGGAUCAGCACCGGGGCCCUCCAGAUGGAGGGCUUCAAAAGGGCCACAGACCUUAUUAGUGAGAAAAACUACCGUCAGCAGCCCUGCUCCUUCAAGCACACAUCUGUCGCAGACUCACCAGACAUGGUCCAUGCCAAACUCAGCAAUAAGCUUACCAACGAGCGCCUGUACAAGAUGAAAGGGGAGAAUGACAGGCAUAACUACACAAUGACAUUGGAGAGACCAGAGAUAACACAGGCUAAGAUCAACGCGGCUAACUUCAGCGAGACCAAGUACAGGGAGUCAUGGCACACUCUAAGGGCUCAGGGCUACAAACUGACCAUGCAGGACAUCCCCUUCCAGGCUGCCAAAACCUCGAUGGAUUUAGCCAGCGAUGUCCAAUACAAGCACCACCACCUGCUGGAUAAGGGCAAGCACAUCGGCGCCCGCAGCAUUCUGGAUGACCCGCGCAUGCUACACUGCAUGCAGAUGGGCCGGCUGACGAGCGAGCAGGAGUACCGCAAAGACGCACUUUCCACCAGCGGCCAGUUCCACCUCAAUCCAGAUAUGAUCAAUUUAGUGACGGCCAAGAACGCCCAGGCUCUGGCCAGCGAUCAGGACUACAGGAAGAGGCUCCAUGCGUACACUGUCCUCCCUGACGAUAUUAAAGUCCAAUGGGCCAAGAAGGCCUACAACCUGCAGAGCGAGAAACUGUACAAGUCGGAUCUGAACUUCAUGAAGGGCGUGGCCUGGGAUGGUGUGGGGGCGCCUCAAAUGGAGUUGGCAAAGAAAGCCGGAGAACUCACCAGUAAUAAGAAAUAUCGUCAACUGCCAGACAGUCUGAAGUUCACCCAAGUGGCGGACUCUCCAGACAUUGUUCAUGCUAAGAACAGCUACCUCCAGUGCAGUGAGAGGCUGUAUAAGUCUGGAGACUCGGACGCCAUGCACAAAUACACCUUGCAUGCCGACGACCCAGACUUCAUCAGAGCAAGGAUCAACGCCCAGCAGAUUAGCAAUAAAGCCUAUAAAGCGUCUGGGGAUGAGAUGAGGUCGGCAGGCUACGACUUGAGGCUGGAUGCUAUUCCCUUCCAGACGGCCAAGGCUUCCACGAAUAUCGCCAGUGAUUUCCGCUACAAGGAAGCCUUUGUGAAGGAGAAGGGUCAGCAGGUGGGGCUGCUCAGUGUCGAAGAUGACCCAAAGAUGGUGCACUCCCUGGCAGCCAGCAAGCUCCAGAGCUGCCUGGGGUACAAGAGGCAGGCUCAAGAGACGCGCUCCCAGUUCAAGAUGCAUGCCAACCAGCCUGUGUUCCAGCAGGCCAAGAAGAGCCAAGCUCUGGCCAGCAACCAGACCUACCACCAGAGGCUCCAUGAUUACACCUUUGACCCCCAGCAGCUCAACGUCCAACACGCCAAGCAGGCCUACAAGCUGCAGAGUGAUGUGAACUACAAGUCAGAUCUGAACUGGAUCAGGGGUGUGGGCUGGACCCCCCCUGGCUCCCAUAAGGUGGAGAUGGCCCGGCGGGCUGCAGAACUGGGCCUGACGGAGAGCGUGAGCACUGAGGAGGCCAUUGCCCAGUACCAACACAUGAUGAUGAUGCAGCAGAUGGAGGAGCAGCAGCAGGUGUCAGAACCUGUUGAGACCAGCAAAGAGUUCCAGCAGUCGGGAGUCAAUCUAGACGCAAUGGAGAUCCUCCACGUCAAGAGGAAGAAGACCAUCCAAACGGUGAAGAAGUCCAAUUCCUCCAUGGAUAGCAGCGUCAAGAAGUUAAUGAUGUCUUCCAACUCAGCCAUAGAGUCAAUGAUGGCUUCCACCUCUGUCUCAGCCAUUGAGAACACAGUCAAGAUGUCCACAACGAGUGAGGCAUCGGCCAUAGAAAAUGCUUAGACAAUGUUGUGAGAAGGUGUUGCCUUAGGGCACGUAUCGCACUUAUUUCACGGAGGGGGCCGAGUGUCUGUGCGUUUUCACUCCUCCCUUGUACUUGAUUGAUGAAUUAAGGUCACUAAUUGGUAAGGAACUCACCUCAUCUGGUUGUCUAGGUCUUAAACCAGCAGACACUUGGCCCUCCAUGGAAUGAGUUUGACACCCCUGCCCUAGGGGGUAGGUGGAAGUUGCUUCUAACUGAUAUAGGGUCUGGUCUUUUUUAAUUCACCUGAUGGAUGAAGUAAGGGAUUGGAGUUGGGUUACCUGAUCCUAGAUCUAUUAAGAGCAAUUUCUACCCCAAGAUACAAUUAGAUAAUAUUGUGAGGGAACUGUGCAUGUAGAAUCAGGAAGGGAAUUGAAAAGUGCUGUAAGUGGUUUAUGUAGAAGGUUACCUCAUUACACAUUCAUAACCCAUACACAACAUUCAUUAGAAAGUAUAUGAGAAUGUCAUAAUUUAUUUUUCAACAAUGAAAAGUUUAUAGUUUUGUUACUACAGUGCCUUCAGAAAGUAUUCAUACCCCUUGACUUCAUACCCCUCCACGUUUUG